AUGCAAGUGCCCUACUUGAACCCGAACAGGAAACAGCAGCAGCAGCAGCAGCAGCAGCAGCAGCAGCAGCAGCAGCGGAUCUUGAGGAGGAUGGCGGCUGGCGGUCUCCCGCUGCUAGUCCAUCAUUGGACCAUCAUAGCAGCAGCAGCAGCAGCAGCAGCAGCAGCAGCAGCAGUAGGAAGAGUACAGCAGCAGCAGCAACAGCAGCAGCAGCAGCAGCAGCACCGGCUGAGUGGCGCUUCUCCCCAAGUGGCUUUCUCUGCUCUCUUCCACACAGAUCCAAACAAUCCGAUGCACCAGAGUCCCGCGCUGCAGCAUGGUGACACACGCAUUACAGCAGCAGCAGAAGCAGCUGCAGCGGAAGCAGCAGCAUCAGAUGCACCUGAAGAAACAGAAGCAAUCAUAGCUGCAGAUGAAGCUCUUGAAGCUCUUGCUGCAGUGGAGCAGACCCCGGCAAGCUCAAGGCAUGGCGAACCCCACGAGCAGAGGACGGGGCAGUCGCCGCCGCUGCAGCAGCAGCAGCAGCAGCGAUAG